UUUGCAUAACUUGAAGUUGGCUGUCAUAUUGAGAUAUGACUUCACUUGUGUAAUUGUGUUUCAUUCUUUGCUCUCCUUUGAAUUACCCAGAAUAUCAAAUCUCAUCAUCUGCUCAAUCUUUUUCUCAUUUCAAAUUAAUUGAAAAGCAAUGGAUUCUUUCAGAAGACAAGCCAGUAAAUUACGAGAUCAAGUUGCAAAGCAGCAACAGGCUGUAAUAAAGCACAUCAGUGGACCUGGCUAUGAGAGCUCAGAUAUAAUGGUCAUUGACGAAGUUGAAUUGCAGAGACAUCAACAACUUGACAAGUUGUACAAAUCAACUCGUUCAGGAAGGGAUUUCCAGAAAGAGCUUGUCAAAGCUGCUGAAGUAUUUGCAACUCUUGGCUACAGAAAGAUUGAAGCAGGCACUAAAUUGUCCGAGGAGUGUUGCAAAUAUGGAGCUGAGAAUAUUGAAGACAACAUUUUGGCUAAGGCUGCAUCAAUUUAUGGCGAUGCUCGAAAACAUGUAGAGAAGGAGCAGGAGGAUUUGAAUAAACUGCUAUUAUCUCAGAUAUUGGAUCCCUUGAGGCAAAUGAGUACUGGCACUCCUCUAGAGGAUGCUCGCCAUCUUGCACAACGUUAUAGUCGUAUGAGACAGGAAGCAGAAACACAGGCAGUUGAGGUUAAUCGAAGGCGGGCACGUGUUAGGGAGGCUUCAACUCAUGAAAAUUCAGCAAAGUUACAAGCAGCAGAAGCUAGAAUGCAAGAGUUGAAAGCUAACAUGGCAGUGUUAGGCAAAGAAGCAGCUGGUGCUUUAUCUGCUGUUGAAUCACAGCAGCAAAGACUGACAUUUCAGAGGCUUGUAGCACUGGUUGAAGCGGAAAAGAAUUACCAUGUUAGAAUAGCAACUAUUCUUAAUGAGGUUGAAGCUGAGAUGGUGUCUGAGAAGCAGCAGAAAGAAGCAGCUCCUCCUGUCCUCUCAAUAGAGAACAACUCAGGGAAAAAAUUGUACUGCUUAGCUGAAGCAAUCCAUCCAUUCUAUGCUGAAACUGACAAAGAGCUGAGUCUUGCAGUUGGCGACUAUGUUAUUGUUCGCAAGGUGACCCCCGAUGGCUGGUCUGAAGGAGAAUGCAAGGGUAAAGCAGGUUGGUUUCCAACAGCUUAUGUUGAGAAUCGUCAGAGGAUUCCGGCAAGGAAUGCUGCCUUAUUACCAACAGCUCUUGUUUGUUAUGAUCAAGAGCCUUAUUACUAACUCCGGUUCUUAUUACUCGCAACAAAGAGAUAUUUUAUGUCUCACAAAUAAUACUCAUUUGUUGCGAGUUAUAAUAACCGGAGGUAGUGUAUAGAUUGGCAUCUUUAUUUUGCCUGGUUUGCUAGGUAGUAUCGAUGUAUGUGUUUUGCAAAUGUAUGAUGACUCUGAUCUUGUGACCUCGAGGUGAAGGGUUUGAUCCCUAACAACUACUCCCUCAAUUUUUUUUUUUAAUGCAUCAGUUUGACUUUUACAUUAUUUACAUGUUAUAUUUGAUUUAAUUUUUCUGCUAUUAUAAG